CUGGGGUGGGGGGCCUCUUGCCGGGCCCCCCCACGGCAGGUUAGCUGGCGGCCGCGCGUAGAAGCGCCGCGCUGCGCCGAGACGGGGCCCGCGUGGGCCCGGGCCGCGGAGAGCGCGUCACGGCGGGGGCGGGGCCGGCCCGGCGCCGCGACGGGGCCCCCGCGCCUCCGCCUCGGCCCUGCUGGGGUCUUCUCCGCACGUAGGUGGGCGCGGGGGCCCUGUGUUCCUCCGCGAGCCCCCCGCCUCGGUCGGUCGCGAAGCUGGGGGCAGGCGAGGGCGCGCCGAGGGCUCCGCCGAGGGGCUGCAGGCCGCGUCCGGCCUCGCGGCCGCAGUCACCAUUGUCUGAUGCCCUGUGACUGAGAAGCCGGCUGUUUGACUUUGUUAUGAUGCCUUUGGAGAUGGAGCCCAAAAUGAGCAAACUUGCCUUUGGCUGCCAGCGGAGCUCCACGUCGGAUGACGACUCGGGCUGUGCGCUGGAGGAGUACGCCUGGGUCCCCCCAGGCCUCAGACCGGAGCAGGUCCAGCUCUAUUUCGCUUGCUUACCGGAGGACAAGGUUCCUUAUGUUAACAGCCCUGGAGAGAAACACCGCAUUAAACAGCUUUUGUACCAGUUACCACCACAUGAUAAUGAGGUGCGAUACUGCCAGACUUUGAGUGAAGAGGAAAAAAAAGAGUUGCAAGUGUUCAGUGCUCAGAGGAAGAAAGAAGCACUCGGAAGAGGAACGAUUAAACUUCUGUCCAGAGCCGUAAUGCACGCUGUGUGCGAGCAGUGUGGGUUGAAGAUAAACGGAGGUGAAAUUGCAGUGUUUGCCUCUCGAGCCGGCCCCGGAGUAUGCUGGCACCCAUCCUGUUUUGUCUGCUUCACGUGCACCGAGCUGCUGGUCGACCUCAUCUAUUUUUAUCAGGAUGGAAAAAUUCACUGCGGCCGGCACCAUGCCGAGCUGCUCAAGCCCCGGUGUUCAGCAUGUGACGAGAUAAUUUUUGCUGAUGAGUGCACAGAAGCUGAGGGUCGCCAUUGGCACAUGAAGCACUUCUGCUGCCUCGAGUGCGAGACGGUCCUGGGGGGACAGAGGUACAUCAUGAAGGACGGCCGUCCGUUCUGUUGCGGCUGCUUCGAGUCCCUGUAUGCUGAGUACUGUGAGACCUGCGGGGAGCAUAUCGGUGUGGACCAUGCGCAGAUGACCUACGACGGGCAGCACUGGCACGCUACAGAGGCCUGCUUUUCCUGUGCCCAGUGCAAAACCUCUCUGUUGGGAUGCCCCUUCCUUCCCAAACAAGGUCAGAUCUAUUGCUCGAAGACAUGCAGCCUCGGUGAAGAUGUCCAUGCCUCAGAUUCUUCGGACUCUGCAUUCCAGUCGGCUCGAUCGAGAGACUCCAGGAGAAGCGUCCGGAUGGGCAAGAGCAGCCGGUCAGCAGAUCAGUGUCGACAGUCUCUCCUCCUGUCCCCUGCUCUCAACUACAAGUUUCCUGGCCUUUCAGGCAAUGCGGAUGACACCCUUUCUCGGAAGCUGGAUGAUCUGAGUCUUUCCAGGCAAGGAGCAAGUUUUGUCAGUGAAGAGUUUUGGAAAGGCAGAGCAGAGCACGAGACCCCGGAGGACCCUGAAGAAUGGGCUGAGCAUGAAGAUUACAUGACCCAGCUGCUCCUCAAGUUUGGUGAGAAAAGCCUCUUUCAGCAGCAGCCCAGCGAGCUGGACGUUCGAGCCAGUGAGCACUGGAUAUCUGAUAACUUGGUUAAAAAUAAGACCGAGUUAAAGCAAAAUAGCCAGAGCCUCGUGAGUAAAAAGUACCAGUCUGAUAUGUAUUGGGCACAGUCGCAAGAUGGGCUGGGCGACUCUGCGUACGGCAGCCACCCGGGCCCUGCGAGCAGUCGGAGGCUGCAGGAGCUGGAUCUGGACCACGGGGCUUCGGGAUACAGCCACGAUCAGGCACAGUGGUAUGAAGACUCCCUGGAGUGUCUGUCAGACUUGAAACCAGAGCAGAGUGUUCGCGAUUCUAUGGAUUCUUUGGCUUUGUCUAAUAUCACAGGGGCUUCAGUGGAUGGAGAAAGCAAGCCAAGGCCAUCGUUAUAUUCUCUGCAAAACUUUGAGGAACUAGAGGCGGAAGAUUGUGAGAAGAUGAGCAACAUGGGGACCUUGAACUCUUCCAGGCUGCACAGGAGCACAGAGUCCUUGAAGAGUCUUAGUUCAGAGCUGUGCCCAGAAAAACUCCUGCCUGAGGAGAAGCCAGUCCAUCUGCCAGUGCUUCGAAGGUCCAGGUCUCAGUCCAGGCCACAGCAGGUCAAGUUUUCGGAUGAUGUCAUUGACAACGGAAGCUACGAGAACAUCGAGAUCCGGCAGCCACCAAUGAGCGAGAGAACUCGGAGACGGGUAUACCAUUUUGAAGAGAGGGGACCCAGGUCUCACCACCACCGCCGCAGGAGAAGUAGGAAGUCCCGCUCGGACAAUGCCCUGAAUCUUGUUACAGAAAGAAAAUACUCUCCCAAGGACAGGCUGCGGCUUUACACCCCCGAUAACUACGAGAAGUUUAUCCAGAGUAAGAGUGCCCGGGAGAUGCAGGCCUACAUCCAGAACGCUGACCUCUACGGGCCGUACCCCCACGCCACUUCCGACUACGCCCUGCAGAACCCAGGAGGGCGUCGAUUUCUGGGACUCUACGGGGAGGACGACGACUCCUGGUGCUCCUCCUCCACCUCCUCCUCCUCCGACUCAGAAGAAGAAGGAUAUUUUCUUGGACAACCAAUUCCUCAGCCCCGGCCACAGAGAUAUGCCUACUAUACAGACGACCUUUCUAGUCCAACUUCUGCACUCCCCACUCCUCAGUUUGGUCAGAGGACAACUAAAUCCAAGAAGAAAAAGGGACACAAGGGCAAAAACUGUAUUAUUUCUUAACCUAGUAGCUGUGGAGAUUGUAAACUUAGCCAUUAACUAUCUUAAAUCAUAUCUUUUUUCUUCCAUAGGAAAGUUGCUAAAAUAGAUUCAAGUGCUUUGCCCAUGUAAAUGAGACCCUGACUGCUGUUUACAGUGUCAGAUUAACCUUUGGAAGGUGUGAUUUCUCCAUUUACCCUCCUUGGAUGGUGCCAGGUGGACGUGACCUCUUGUGCCUGUCGGGUGCAUCACAGUUUGAUACAGCUGCUUUGGUCUCCAACCCUCAAGAGAUCCUCAAGAAGCUGUUGAGAGGUGAUUGGAUGGGGUGUUGAUUUCAGACAAUGGAGAACUUGAGCCACCUUUGUAAAGCAAUAGUGUUUGUCGUUCAUCUGCGUCAGGUUGGGCCAGGUCCUGACAGUCUGUCGUGUUGUGCGGCAUGCACAUAGUCAUGUGACCCAGCCAACACUGUGCGUCCCAUCGUGCGAGGCCACGUCGUCCCCUUCCAACCCUCAUUAGCCAGGUAAACAUUAUAUCGUAUUAGCUCCAGCUGCAGAUCGAAAAGAACAUUGCUAUUUAUAAUGUAGUAUUUCAUAGACUUAAGUGUAUUCCUAAUUUAAUGGUGCAAAUAUUAAUGUACAUACUGUACAGUUCAGAUUUUAAAACUGAUAUUUUUAUAUCCCUGAAAUGUAAGAUGUUUGUUACACUGCAGUGCUAGGUUUGCUAGGGAACCAGAAACAGCAUUUAUGGAUGAGAUGAUUGCUUGUAUUUUAGUCAGGGUUUAUUAAGUUUAGAUGGUCAAAUUUAUACUGCCUAGUGAUGGAAAGUUGUUUUUUUUUUUUGAUUUUUCAAUAUUAAAAAGGCUCUGUAUGCAUGGUGGGGCUAUGUAAAUACUCUUUAAAAUGGUGGCCCUGUUAAUCUUACAAGUGUUAUUUAUGGGUCAAGCAAUGUAAACUGUAUAAAUGUAAAAACAAACAAAAAAAACCCUACACAUAGCCCUGGAAUAUAUGGUAAAAACAAGUGAAAGCUGUUUGGGUGAAUCUUUUCCCCCUUGGGGACGGCAGGGGUGCCUUUCCCAUUGUCAUCAAGGUAGUGAUUAUCUCAUGCAAAGAGACCAAAAAACUACAAGGGUCUGCUUUCUGUGGCUGAGUACUUUGUAGAUUUAUUCCUUUUCAGCCCUCCUUUCCAGCUAAUUUGUUGGCCUUUGACAGCAGUUUUGAAAACCGGGCCUUCUGGUUAUGUUUUUCUUUUAAAAUCUUUAAAUUAGAGGCUGCUGUGCCACUGGUUAUUUCCAGUCAGUAUGGGGUUCUGCUUCAAGGGAGAAUUAUGUUGGAUUUGAUAAGGGCCGUUCUUGCACAUGUGUCCAAUCCUAACUCAGUGUCCUAGUGGUAUCUCAGAACUUCAGGAAGGUAUUUAAUAAAUGCUUAAUAAAUAA